AUGAGCACGGCUCCUGCGGCUGUGCUCCCUCAAGUGAGUGCUAUUCCGGGCGGUAGCGCCCCGAGCAUGGCGACAGACGGCGCGACGAUUGAGUCGGCCGCCGCUACCACUGCCGCAGCGAUGGCUGUCGAGGCGACCGCUUUGGAGGCGAUGGCCGACGAGAGCGGCCGGCCGACAGUGGUAUCGCGGGUGUGGUCGGAUCUGGACAAGACCAAGUUCUUCUCGGCCGGUGCCGUGGCCACGGGCACGCUGCUUACCAUCUUCCACCCGUUUGAUGUCGUCAAGACGCUGCAGCAGACGGCGCACGGCCGCCCGCCACCGCUCCUCGGAACCAUGGCGGCCAUGGCUCGGACGUCGCCGCGAUCGCUGUGGCGUGGGUACGCGCCCUCUCUUGUCGGCGCCUAUGUCGUCGAUCUGGUCUACUACCCGACGCUCGAGCUCCUCAAGGAGGGCCUGCUCAGCGCCGGCUUUGCCUCGCCGGCGGCCCACGGCGCGUCGGCGCUCAUUGCCGAGGCCGCGUCCAACCUCGUCAUCGUUCCGUUUGAUGUCAUUACCGUCCGGCUCGUCACCGCCGCCGCUGCCGGCCGCCCGGCCAGUAGCACGGCCGCCAUCGCCGCGGACAUUGUCCGGACGCAGGGCGUCGCGGGCCUCAUGCGCGGCUACACUCUGACCGUGGCCACGUACGGCAUCGAGUCGGCCAUGUUCUGGGCCAUCUACGCCUGGCUCCGCGACGCCGGCUAUGCGCUCCUCCAUCCUCCCGACCAGCCGUGCGCUGCCAUGGAGGACCGACCGCUCAUCCAUGCGGCAGCCGGCGCGGUCGGCGGCGCAAUCGCCGGCGCUGCAACCAACCCUCUCGAUGUCAUCAAGACCCGGGUCCAGGCCUCGACAGCCGUGGUCUCGCCGAUCUCGUCACUCUCGGCCUUUCGCGCCUACGUCGCCGCCAUGGUCGCCAACGAGGGCUGGCGGGUCUUCGCCAAGGGCAUCCCCGGCCGGGUCGGCUUUCUCGCCCCGACCAUGGCCGCCACCGUCACCCUCUACGAAAUGGUCAAGGAGUUUGCCACGGCCUGA